AAUCCGAGAGUACACGUCUCGUAAGUGGAAGGUGCAAAAUACAUUUUCGCAUGGACUUGUGCAGCAGAACAGUUGUGACAAGUUUGCAGUACCUGCUCAUUUUGUUGCUGUUUUUCUCAUAGGUAGCUGUUAGUGGAUGAAAAUGACACUACUAAAGAGUUUCAGCAGCUGGAGGUAGACUGAAUGAAUCUGGUUCUAUGUAAAUUAUAAUGUUUCCUGGAUUCACUUGAUACAAGCAGCCUUAAAGCCAACCAUGCCUUCAAAGAGCUGGGCUGCUCCAGUCGCAUUGAGGAUCGGGACCACAAGAGACAGACCAUCAAAUGCGAAGGAUGGAUCAUUAUGUUGAAUCAGGACUACAGACUGACAGACUGUGCCUGUUUUCCUCGAGUCUGCUUCAGAUCAGCGUCCUCAUCGACUUCCUGGGUGGAUUUACCUCCUACAUGCUCCACCAGUCGGUUUGGACACGUAGCUGUUAGGACGGAUCGAUUUUAGAGCGACACAACUCCGCAUCUCCAAGUCAUGACCAGGUCCAGUCGGCGAUACGGUAAGCCUCUGCAGCAGAACAACAGCAGCGGCUCUUUCCCCGGCUGUGACCGGGUGCGGAUGCCCCGGGCCCGGGUACUGCUGCUCUGUCUCAUCGGGGUUCUGGUGCUGGCGGUGGUGCUGGGAGUCUACCUGUCCAACGACACCGCCAAUGAACAUGUGAACCGCAUGCCAGCUGCAGAUCUGACCAAAGACAGGUUGUCCCACAAACCCAGCAAGUGCUCUCCAGCUCAAAUCCGCCGUCUGGCCUCUCAGGUGGACAGUACUCGCCUGUGGGAGACUUACCUGAGGCCGAUCCUGAUAGAGAGGCUCCCAGGCACGCAAGGCAGCCUGGCUGUGCAGCAGCACAUCACCUCCACUCUGUCUUCGCUCUCUGCUGGCUGGGCCAUAGACUUGGACUCCUUCCAGUCUUCGACCCCCCGUGGCCAGGUCACAUUCACCAACAUUGUUGCCACUCUGGACCCCUCGGCCCCUCGCAGGCUGCUUCUGGCCUGCCACUAUGACUCCAAGGCUCUGCCUCCAGACCCCCGGGCCCCUGAGAAGGUGUUUCUUGGGGCCAGUGACUCCGCAGCGCCCUGUGCUAUGAUCCUGGAGCUUGCCACCUCUCUGGACGCCCAGCUUAGAUCAUUCAAACAGCAGAAACUUCCAGUGUCCCUCCAGCUGGUGUUUUUUGACGGGGAGGAGUCAUUUGAAGAAUGGACCGCCACAGACUCACUGUACGGUUCCCGUCACCUGGCCGAGCGCAUGGCCAACACACCUCACCCCGCAGGCUCCUCACACACCACCAUGCUGCAGGCUGUGGACCUUUUUGUGCUGCUAGACCUACUCGGCGCUCCUGAUCCACUGAUUGCGAAUCACUUUGAUAACACGGCGCGCUGGUUUGACCGUCUGAUUUCUGCAGAGAAGAGACUCCACCGACAGGGUCUUCUGAUGUCUCACCCCUCAGAGCAGACAUAUUUUAGGAAGGAUGUGUACCUUGGACCUGUACAGGACGACCACAUCCCCUUCCUUCACAAAGGUGUCCCCGUGCUGCAUGUCAUUGCCACUCCCUUCCCACAGGUCUGGCACACGCUGGACGACACAGAGGAGAACAUGCACCGCCCCACUGUGGUGAACCUGACCAAGAUCAUGGCUGUGUUCCUGGCAGAAUACCUGGGCUUCUGAACACCAAACACAGAGAGAUAUUUGUUGUGAAGGUCCAAGCAGCUGUCCCAUGAAGACUGGAGUGCCACUGUUGUUUGUUACACUGAUGACACAUACUCGCUAAAUGACCAUGAACCAAAUGCACAAGAGAAGAACCUGUUGAAAUGAACUGAACUGUACUGUUACCAGUGUAUGGAGAUACCAGCUAAAACUUUACCAAAGACACAAGAGGGAUGACCCCUGUCCAAAUGUGUAGGCAUGUGAUGUGGACGGAAAGCGUCUUAAAGUAUUAAAAGUUCUGGUACCGGA